GCCCCUGACGUAAUGCUUCGUGUUAAUUAUUAGCAUGUGGGAAGCAAUGCUGAGGUCUCUCUCCUCCGGUUAAACUAGAGUAGCAGAGGGGAGGAAAGUUAGUCAAGAUGGCAAAACACACAGAUCCGGAGUGAAGGGGCACCGUUCCCCAAAUCUGUUGCGCCCCGUUUUAAUGAUCAGCACCACCGAUGCAGCUGUGCAGCUAAAUAUAAACUGCCCCCCUGGGAAAUGUGAAUAAGGAAAAGCCGGUCCAACAGGCAAAGGAGACAAAAGUUCAGCUUCUCAUCACCACAGAAUUAGUGGGCCGAAGGGGUAUUAAGCAAAAAAAAAAACGCCACACAUUUUUGCCCUAAGAUCUUCUUAUCCUUUAAUGGUUCGACAGAAGAAGCAGAAGGACAUGAAAAUACUACUUCAUUUGGAGAUUUUUGUAAGAAAUAUCUUUCAUGCAAAAGCCACCGCGGGUUUGGAAGCGGCGUAGGAAGGCUAAACUCGGAAAUUACACGGACGCGAAAUACACAAACACAGCAGAACGAAGUUGGAAUUUGUGAAGCCAAGACGCCGAGCACGCAGUUUCAGAGUCUCAUUGGUGUCCCAUCUAAACCAUGAUGUUUCGCGACCAGGUCGGAGUGCUGGCCGGCUGGUUUAAGGGGUGGAAUGAAUGCGAGCAGACGGUGGCCCUCCUGUCGCUGCUGAAGCGCGUGAGCAGGACUCAGGCGCGAUUCCUGCAGCUCUGCCUGGAGCACUCUCUGGCGGAAUGCACCGAGCUCCAUGUGCUGGAGGGCGAAGCCAACAACCCGGCCGCGAUCAGCCAGUGGCAAGGCGAGCCCAAGGACCGGGUCAUUUCCCUGGUGCUGACCCACUUGCCCCUGCUGAAGCCCGGGAACGCUGAAGCCAAGGGCGAGUACAUGCGCCUGCUGCCCAAGAUCCUGGCCCACACCAUCGAGCACGGCCGUCACCUGGAGGAGAGCCGGCAGCUGCUGUCCUACGCGCUGAUCCACCCCGCCACCUCCCUGGAGGACCGGGCCGCCCUGGCUCUGUGGCUCAAUCACCUGGAGGAGCGGGCGGCGGCCCGGGGCAGCGACUCGCUGGAGCGCGCCCCCACGCCCCACCACCAGCACCCUCACCUCUACCCCCACCACCAGCGCUACGGCUCGGACGACCGCCUGAACGGCUGGCAGAGCCCCCGGGACUCCAGCCUGGGCAGCGGCGGAGGUGGCAGCGGGGGCUGGCACCACCAGCAGGGCUGUGAGAACGGGCAUCUCAUGCUCUACUCCUCCUCCUCCGUCCCCUCGACCAUCAACACCGUCGGCACCAGCAGCGGGACCAACACCAUCCUGUCUGCCGGGCAGCACAGCCCCCUGAAGCGCUCGGUGUCCCUCACGCCCCCGAUGAGCGUCCCCGCGAGCCAGCCCCUCGGCCACGGCUGGCUGUCCCAGGAGGACCUGCGCACGCGGGCCCCGGCCCCCGAUCACGCGCCCCUCUCCCCCCAGAGUAGCGUGGCCUCCUCGGGCAGCGGGGGCAGCGAGCACCUCGAGGAGGGACCGGCCCUCAGCGCCACGCCGCACCGCAGCACAUUCCACGAGGAGGGCAGCGGCAUGAGGGAUGUACCAGCCUGGUUGAAGAGUCUUCGUCUUCACAAGUACGCAGCUCUCUUCUCCACAAUGACCUACGAAGAGAUGAUGUCCCUCACUGAGCAGCAGCUGGAGUCCCAGAACGUCACGAAAGGAGCAAGGCACAAAAUUGUCAUCAGUAUCCAGAAGCUGAAGGAGAGGCAGAAUAUGCUGCGAUCUCUGGAGAAGGAUGUCCUGGAGGGGGGCAAUCUGCGUAUGCCCCUGCAGGAGCUGCACCAGAUGAUCCUCACGCCCAUCAAGGCCUGCAGCAGCGAGGAGCAGGGACAGCGCCCCCUUCUGGGCUCUGACGGGAAGGGGAGCUGCCCGUCCUCUCAGCUGGCUGGGGGGGAGGCCGAAUCGGGGGGCGCAGUCAUCGCCGAGGGUGAUCUCCCUGCACAGUUCACUCGAGUAAUGGGCAAAGUUUGCACGCAGCUUCUCGUCUCCAGACCAGACGAAGAGAACAUCAGCUCCUACCUGCAGCUCAUCGACAAAUGUUUGAUCCAUGAGGCUUUCACAGAGACGCAGAAGAAGCGCCUGUUGUCAUGGAAACAGCAGGUGCAGAAGCUGUUCCGUUCGUUCCCAAGGAAAUCCCUCUUGGACAUGGCAGGAUAUCGGCAGCAGAGAGGUCGUGGUUUUGGCCAGUCCAACUCUCUACCGACGGCGGGCUGUGUCGGGGGAGGGGUGUCGUCUCGGAGGAACCCGCGCCAGUUCCAGAUGCCAUCCCGGAGUCUGCCUGGAGCAAGACUCGGGUUGCUGGGCACCACGGGCAUCCUGGGAGCCGCUCAGCGCAGCGCCAGCAGCACGCCCACCAGCCUGAAGCAGGGCCGACAGGGCCUGUGGUUUGCCAACCCUGGGGGCAGUAAUAGUAUGCCCAGCAGGACUCACAGCUCCGUCCAGAGAACGCGCUCACUGCCUGUCCACACCACGCCACAUACAAUGGUCAUGUUCCAGCAGGCAGAGUUCCAGGUGCCAGUGACAGAGCCAGAUAUCAACAACCGUCUAGAAUCCCUGUGCCUGAGUAUGACGGAGCAUGCUCUGGGAGAUGGUAUGGAUCGGACAUCAACCAUCUGAGGCUGCAGCUAUGAGACCCAGGGAGACAGAGCUGGCCAGAGGUCACAGCAGAGGUCACCCUGAGGUCAAGAGGGGUCACCCACCUGCUCACCUGCCUACCCGGCUGCCACCAGGGGCACUGGGUUAUCCAAAAACCGCCAUCCGCCAUUUCACAGAAGACUUUCCAUUAGUGUAUUUUCCAUUGCUGUUAACAGUUGGCAACUUUUUGUGAACAAAAAUGGCAUGUUUACAAGUACUUGGCUUUUUGGAAAAAUGGUCCUUGCAGUAAAACAAAGAACAAAAAGUCUCUUCAGACAAGAGCAACUUCGAGGUCUCUGUGGAUGCUACCGACGAAAUCAGACGAUCUGAAUUUGGUAGACCUACGACAGUUACCACAAAGCAGGUGUGACUGUAGUUGAGGCAGCAGUGAAUCCAUCCAACCAACAAAAAGGCCUACACUGGGAGACAGCGAUCCUUACGAUGCCAGUCCUGUCACAAGAAUCAUCGCCUUGUCCAAACAAAUGAGAGAGGAAAAACUGGGAGAAACUUUGCUUUGUAUAGAAGAUGGGAAAAAAGCAGAUGUAUACACAUAUAAGUAUUGUUUACAUAAAAUGCUACUAUUAAGGGUACCGAAACAUAUAUAAAAGUUCAGGUAUGAAUGUUAUUCCUUUUUUUAAAGCAAUGUUAUUGUAAAUGCUCAUAGUUUUAUUUUUCAUAUAGUAGUUAUCAUCCUUUCUUUUUUUUUUUGAUCCAACCAGCAGAAAAGCUGAGCUGAAAAAAGACUAGGAAAUACUGUUUGUUUUGCUCUUGGUCUCGGGAUGUAAGGAUUCAGGAAUACGGUGUCCUCUGGAAAGGGCAGAGUGUUGUAGGAUGAGGGACAGAGCAGGUGAUUUGAAGGAAGUGGAUUUUUGUCAAGUGGGAGAGAGGAUGACGGAAGGAGGCAAGAUAACAGUAUACUUUUAUAAAAAGCAGAGGGUACUCUAGCUCUGUAGGAUUCAUCAGGAAUUUUGUAUUGGGUUUGAUGCGGUUGGGGUGAUACAGUGUGCUACAAGAAGGUGCGUUUCCAAUUGUCAGCCCAGUUACACUUUGUUGGCAGUUGGCAGAGCACACCAUUGGUGUGGUUAGUUAACAUCACAGUCUUUAGUUUUCACACAGUAUUUUCAAUGAAGUGAAAUGUUCUGCACUUACCAGUGUAUAAUCCAGAUUGCCACUGCUGUGGAGUAAUAGCUUUCAUCCUUUAUUUCGCCUUUGUGUUGACCAUCUCCAGCUUGACAGGGAAGCUGUCUCUCUAUCUCUCUAUCUUUGAAAAGACACAACAGGGCCUGACCCAGAACUGAACGCUGCAGACUGAGCGAAACUGGGCAGGUUCAGCUACCUUUUCUUCUAUGAAGAAAAGCAAGUACAAUCUGGACAGUCGGAGACUGGUAUCUUUAUGAAGCACGGAGUCUUGGUCUGAGCCAUUGAAGAUGAUAUCUGAUUCGAGGGGAGAUUGGAACUAAAGCGCAGACUUGUUUGGAAGAAGGCGACAGAGCCACGAAAGAAAGUCAUUGCAUUAUUUCUAUUUCGUGUGUUUUUUUUAUUGAGCCUGGAACUAAGGAGACAUGAACAUUUAAAACCAUACAGGGACUGUUGAGGAGAAGAAGGUGCUGUACGUCUAGUGACAAUAUAUUGGGGUCAUGUGAUGCUUGUGAGGCGAUAGAAGGCAUAGUUUGAAGUGCAGGCUUGUAGAAUCCGAAGAGACAUGACUGGCAGGAGGCUGGAAGUAGAUGAGAAGGCAGUGAUGAAACAGUGUUUGCCUUAGGAAGCAGAGAUACUGAGUUAAUGAAAAGUCAGAGUAGGUCUGAAAUAUUGUUUAGUAAGGAUUUUACUUUUCAGCUUUUUACUGUUGAAUAGUGAAAGCCGGCCUGUAGCAGACAUUAAAAACAAGUAAAUCUAAGCUGAGAACAGGGAAUAUAUGAUACUGAGGAAGAAAACUGGAAAAUGUACAGGAAAGAUAUUAAAGGCACCUAUCCUGAGAAGGGAUUUCGAAACCAUUUGCAUAGUUUAGCUAAACUCCCAGACCUUAAAGGUUUUUAUUUUUUCUAUUUAUUCUUUUGUUUAGUUUUUAGUUCCACCUGGUGGCCAAAUACAGUACAGUGCAGUUGCACAUUUUUUUAAAUUCUUUAUUCAUGUUCCUUGUAAACAAACCUGAUUGUUAGUCUUAGAUUUGUUCUGCUUUUUUUAUAUUUUCAAUUGUCUUAAUUGAUGGAGUUGGCAGUUUAAUGAAAUAUAGCGAUCUUUGAUCUUGUAAAAGCCUUUUCAGUUGUGUACCUUUAUUACAAAGCUGAAUUAAGGAGUAACGUACAGUAGAUGUCUAGAGAGGCAGUUUUUUUUCAGGCCACAGUAUGGAGUUACGCAUUUCUAUUCUGAAGGUCACUUUUUUCAUUGAAAAGCUCCAUUUAACUGGGUUUUGGCAAAUCCUAUUCAUUAUCAAGAUCUACUAAUACAACGUGAGUUUAAAGUAAGGGUAUGAAAACCCCAUAUAAGAGUGCAGCCUUCGAUGAACAAAUAUUUAUUUUUUAAAUGAUUGAAUUAGUUGCACCUUGCUGUUGUGAAACCGCUUCAGAAAGCACUUUUAUAUGGUAGGUUUUUCUCUCAAAGUGCAGACCUGUGGUUUUCAUUUUCUUUCUGAUGCAAAGUGCUCAGUCACUCAGUGUAGUGCAUGAAUGUCAUUCUUUUGAAACAGAGGUUUUCAUCACAUAUCUGCAUCAGUCACUGUUGAGCAGAGGCAGGGAGACUCAGACUUUUAAUGUCAUGUUCAUGAUAUGUGCUGUGCACCUCUGUUCACAUUAUGUUGGUCUAACUAGCAAUGUGCUCACUCUGUCCCCUGUGCAGCGUGGACCUUCACUAACCUGCCAAAGUGGUUCCAUAAGUGAUCCUUUUUUCAGUCUGUUACCGUCACACACACAGAACAAGCAAAUUAAACUCCUAAGGGAGAUAGAACACUUGUAUUGUUUUCAAGCAGUUAUGCUGUACCCCUGGUGUUCUAGCACGAGUUAGAACAUUCUGUCUUUGGUGAGACCUGAGAUGUCUUUGGAAAGAAGCAGCUUUAGCCAGUGGGCUUCAGUGCCAGCCAAGGCACAGUGCCAGAUGUACUGUACAGCAGUUAUUGAUGGGUCUCAGUGACAGCAGUAGCAGCAGGAGCCGAGGUGAAGUGUGUGAAAGGGGUAAUAUUCAUGCCAUAUAAUGUGGUCUUUAACAGUUACAUUUGUAUGCAAGGAUAUUUCAGCAGAGUAACUGCUCUGUUUUUCCAUGCCUUAAGAAUGAUCAAAUGUGCAUUCUAGUGUGGCAGAAAUGUUAGAAGUGUAACACUACAUGAAAGCCAUACAGGUUUAGAAAGAAAGCUGUGUUUUUUGCAUGGUCGGAUCUUAUGGAUUCUUUGAGAAAUCGCAGCAGUUCAGCCCUCAUAUACAAUUUUGAGAAGCUUUUUCUACAAAAUAGUGUUUAGUGUCUGAAUGCAUGGUGAUGCAAAUUUUAUAGAGCAUGUUGCCUUGUCAGCAGUUCUGUUGGAGUAGCUGGUAAACAUUAAGUGGCAUUAAUUGCACAAUAGUUACAUGUCCUCUUUAGACAAAGUAAGAUUGUAAUUACAGCUACUUAAUGUUGUUACCAUAUUAAUAAAUUAGAAAGAAAAAUAUUUGCAGAUUCAAAUUAUUUAUUCUUUUUUUUUCCAAUUACUGUUGCAGAGGUGAUUAUUAUAUUCAUUAAAUGUAUUAUUUAAGAUACCGUAUGUAUUAUCUUGCUAUGGCUGGUGACCAUAAGUACAUCUCAAAUAUUAACAUAGUUAAUUUUUUUAAUGUAAUCGCUUAUGUCAAUUUAUAGUAUGGAAGAGACGUUGGUUUUUCCUGUAGGUUUUUGUGUUACCUUUUGAUAUCUAAAUGUUAAUCCCCUGGCAAUACAAAGCCCACAAUGCUUCUUUCUGUAAAUGGUUUCACCUCCAAACUCAUCAGUACUGUAAAGGGUGACGGGAUUCACAACUAUGGACAAUAGACGCAUCACAUUUAUAUUUUGUGUAGCAAGUUAAGUUUAAGGUAGUCGGAUGGGUUCAUCUCCCUCCUAAGGCCACAUAAUAAAAUAAUAUACAUUUAAAAUAGAGGGAUAUAUAUAUAGAAUAAAGAAAACCAUGCACUGGAGUUCUGUUUAAAACAUGCUAAAAUGUGGUAUUAAAAAAAAGAUUUGACCCAUCUGUUAGACCCAUGAACCAGACAUCUUUGUUCUCUUGCUGUGUAAUGAACAGCAGUUUAUAGAGAAGCAGAACUGACUGUGAUUGCUUUAUAAGAGGGAAUCUUGAUGAAAAGGCAAAUAAAGGAGAUUAGGACCUUGUGUCUCAUACACUAUUUGUUAUUGUCAGAUUAAACCAUAAUUUAUGUCCUUUAAACCUAAAAAUAAUGAUCACCCUGUAGUGGACAUGGGAAAGCCAUGGGGAUAUGAGCAUAGACUCCAUACACUAUCAGUACCCUGCCUGAAGACUGGAAGGGAGAGGGGGGUGUGUAUUAUGUAUUGACAGUCCCCUAAGCCAAACCACCCACCCCUUCAACUGAUGCCAAAGCAAAUGCAGAGGACGAAUACAGCUGAAACCAGCCUGCCCACCCCCCCCCCACCCCCCAGGGUCCACAGUGCAUGACAGAGACUAGCAGUCGGGUGUGUGUUUUGCCUUUGAAGACUGUAUUCACUUUGCAGCUGUCUUGUACGUUCAUUAUGGUUUGCUUAUUUUACACACAGAGGGCUCCCAGGAAUAAGAGGCUCUGUAAAACUGUGGUAUUUACAGCAAUCUUUACAGUGAUAUUCCAGACUUUUAUUUAGCAUAAAUGAAAAGAAUGGUGAUUUUGUUGUUGUUGUUUUUUUUACUGAUCAUUACAGUGUAGAGCAUAGAUCUUACUGGAAUGAUGAUGCUUAUGUUGUAAAUUGAGCAUCCAGACUGUAAAAUACCGCUUUACUGUGUGCAUUUUCUUCCUAAGAGCCCAUGUCCUGUAUUGACUGCAGGCUUACAUCUAUAUUUGAAGAGAGUAUCCUAUGUUUAAAGAAAAAAAGAAAAACAAAAAAAUAAUUUAUAUUAAACAAAUGCAUGCACGAGGCUGCGAAGUCAUAUAUUUAGAAUAACAAAUGGCAGUGCCUUUUCUUUUGUAUUCAUACAUCUACCCAAAAUAUAAGUGAUUUUAUAAGGACUUUAAAAAAAGAGCAAGCAUACAGCUAUGAUGGGGAUGAUGAUAUAAGAAUGUUGAUAACAGCAAAAUAGUAUAUCGCAAGUACAAGCUAAAAAAAAACAUUUAUAAUGAUGGUGUUGAUUGAUGAGCUGCGUUCUGCCAGGCAACAUUGGAGCACUUCCUCCAACGGACUCGUCGUGUCAGCUCAUCAUGUUAGUCUGUAGGUACUUCUAAUGCCGAUAUGAAGUUAUAAAUAUACCUGUCUGUAAAACAAAUGGAUGUACAUAUGUGUGUGUAUGCAAACAACAAGGCCUGUAUGUGUGUCUGCGUUUCUCUGUAUAUAUGUGUACGCUACAAGUGUAACAGUAUGAUACACAUUGCAUGGCAUACAUCAGUGCAUUUGUGAAGCUUCUGAAGAUCACUGUGACAUGUAAUUCAAGGGAAUGAACAACAAUUCUCUGCCGCCCUUCCGCGAGAAAGCAAUUAGUCACUUUCUCUUGGGAAGCAGCGGAGAACCGAAACGUCUCCGGCAGGAGGUCAUGGUUAGGAGUUCCAAUGUCCGCGUUCUGUAUGUAUGCAGUUUUGCAGCGUCGCACUUCAUUGAUGCAGAUUACUUUCCACUUCUAGCGUGACAGUGUGUGUAUUUUGUGUGUGUUUACCUGGGCAGAAGCAUAUGUGUUCACUUUGCAGCAAGGUGAGCGUGCGUCCAUUGGCGUGUUACUGUGUCUUGAGUGCUUGACGUCUAUGUGACCACCACAGACAAAAAAAAAAAGCAUUAAAAAUAACUUUGU